AUGAGUGAGAACAGCGACUCCGGACGGGAUAAGUACAGCGCUUUGAAGCUAAAGGAGCUGCAGAACCUAUGCAAGGAUAAAGGCUUACAGGUCAUCGGACGGAAAGAUGUCCUCAUAUCUCGUUUGAUGGAGUACGAUGCUGCUGCUCAUGCCACAGAGGAGGGAGAUACUCCCACUCUGGACGAGUCCAAAGAGAUCUCUUCGAGUUCGCCUAGGAAGAUUUCUACCGGUGUGAAGAAAUCGGAAGUAGCAGCUGGCAACGCCGGUCAGCAGGCAUCCAAAACAGUCAUUUCUACUAGUGUUGAUGCCGAUGCCGCUCAGAGCCCUAACACUUCCACCGCAGAGAAGACUGAGGAGCAACGAAGGUUAGAACGUGCCAAGAGAUUUGGUACGGAAACUGUCGAGGAUAAGAAGCUGGAGAGAGCCUUGCGGUUUGGUAUUGUGAGUAAGCAAACUGAACAGGCGAAGAUGAAGGCUCGUUCUGAGAGGUUUGCGACCACUACUCAAGAGAGUGAGAAUCCUGAUGAGGAGACUGUUAGAAGGCUAAAGAGAGCCCAGAGGUUCGGCUUGGUUACCGCCGACACAGAGGCUGAGAAGAAGCGGAUGAGGAGGAUUUCUGUGAUGAGCACUGAAGAGAAGAUGGAGAGGCUGGCGAAUAAGUAUCUCAAAUUGAGAGGGCAAUACGGUAUGGCGGUAUGUUUGCCCAAGGUCUCUUGUGGAUCUGCUUUGAAUCUAGAUGCACUGAAGAAGAGCUACAGUGACAGUCAGCGAGAAAUACGAGCACUUCGUGAGAAGAUGUCGUCAGCAUGGAAUUCCUCAGGGACUCCGGCGGCCGGUGGCUCGAGCAGUCCUUCAGAUGGUGUGAAUGGGGAGUCAGCACAGGGAGAGACCAUUGCACGUUAUAAGGAACGUAUAGCAGAGAUGGAAGGGAGGCUGCGGGAACUUGAAGGGAAAAAUGCCCAGCCGAAGUCGUCUCCUGCCAUAUCCGUCUCGGCAUUUGGCGCUAUGAAGGGCCUGUUGGUCCCCAGCGCGAGCGCGUUGAAAAUGGGAGAGCACCAAGGCAGGGUUGAGGAGUUGGAAGGGAUGGUUGAGGAGCUGCAGACUAGGAUUGAGGUUGUUGAUGAUGAUUGCAAGAGGCUGCAGGAUGAGCUUGCAUCUGUGACGCGAAGUCGGGACGGAGUGGUAGCCAGAAAUGAGGAGCUAACGCGAGAGAGCGAGAAGCAAGCGGGACUACUGCGAGAUCUGCGGAUGUCGUCGGAGUCUGCGAGUAGGAGAAUAUGCGCGUUAGAAGAGGAAAACGAGCGGCUCGAGAAGAAGGUCUCUGCCGGAGAUAGUGAGAAGGGUGGUCGUGGAUCCACUUGA